UGUAGUAUUGUAGAAUGUGGAAGUUUGUAUGUACACAGUGUGUAUUGUAGAUUGUAGAACAUCUUUUUCGGCUAUUCGUUCGAGUUUUUCGGAUACAAAUAUUAAACAAAAAUGAAAAUUUGAAAACGAAACCCAUUUUUCUGAUAAAUCACCUUUAAGAAAACAAUACAUCCCGUGAAGAAAUUUAUCUUCCAAACGCCAUCCGAUAAGACAAAUCAUAUUUUGGAAAGAGAAGACAAUAAGCCUUUCUGCUUAUACUUAUCUUUAUUUAUUUUUUGUUUUUACAUACAUUUGGGGAAGGCACACAAUUUAUUAUACAAUAACGUUUACGGAUCCGUUUGUUAUGAAGCGAGCAAGAUAAACAUCUGAAGAAUAGGCCAGAAUGAAGGAGAUGGUCGGUGGAUGUUGUGUUUGUUCAGACGAGCGGGGAUGGCCAGAGAACCCACUUGUAUAUUGCGAUGGCCAAAAUUGUACAGUAGCUGUACAUCAAGCUUGCUAUGGAAUUGUGACGGUUCCAACCGGACCUUGGUUUUGCCGAAAAUGUGAAAGUCAAGAACGCCCGGCUCGUGUGCGUUGUGAAUUGUGUCCGUCCCGCGAUGGAGCUCUUAAACGCACUGAUAACCAGGGCUGGGCACAUGUUGUAUGCGCUUUAUACAUACCAGAGGUACGAUUUGGAAAUGUCACAACAAUGGAGCCGAUCAUUUUGCAAUUAAUCCCAUCAGAGAGAUAUGCAAAAACUUGUUAUAUCUGCCAAGAGAUUGGAAAGCCGAAUAGAGCUAAUGUUGGAGCAUGCAUGCAAUGUAAUAAAUUCAAUUGCAAACAACAAUUUCAUGUUACCUGCGCUCAGAGUUUAGGUCUCUUGUGUGAAGAGGCUGGGAAUUAUUUGGACAACGUCAAGUACUGUGGAUACUGCCAGCAUCAUUAUAGUAAAUUGAAAAAAGGUGGCAAUGUAAAAACUAUCCCACCCUAUAAACCUAUAACUCAUGAUUCUUCCGGUUCAGAUUCUGGUUCGUCACCAGAAAAAGAAAUUGACUCGACUGUUAGUGCAACAGCAUCCUCAACAUCAGCAACAAGCAUCAAAAUAACAAAUGCAGUUGGAAGUUCUUCUGCCUCUACCAGUGGUAUUGUUGGACUGUCUUCGGCAAAGCAAAGGAAGUCUUCAACAGCUUCCAAACAAUCAAAUCUGUUAUCUUCUUCGGGUGCUUCAAGUGGUGCCGGAUCAAAUGUAAGUGCAACUAAUAAUACUGUGUCGGGUAACAGUGGACCAAGCUCUCUAGUUGGUGCAUCAAGCACUAAUGAAACUCCAUCGAUAAGUGGGAGCGCUGGAAUCAGUGUUAACUUAAACGCUAAUACUUCAAAGUCCAAUAACAACACUGGAGGUUCGAAAGAAAAGGAAAAGCAUAACAAAAAUUUGAACAAAAUAAGUUCAAGCAAAGAUAAAGAUAAAGAGUUGUUAUCUUCUUCUACGUCAUCUUCUUCACGAGAGAAGGGAAAUAAGACUAAAAAUAAAGACUUUGGGGAGCUGGGCAGUGGUGGAACUGCAAUGUUGGCUGGAAAUGUAGGAGGAACACCGGGAUUCGGUCAAAAUUCAACCAACGUUGCCAAUCGUAAGGAAAUAGGAAUGGAAACUUCGUCUAGCUCUACAGAUAAUACCUUCACAGGUAGUGAUUCCAUUUCAAAUGCAUCGUCUUUGACAGUCUCAAUGAAGAAUUCUGGUGGUUCUGUUGGUAAAAAACGGAAGGCAGAUUCCAAAGCUGGAAUAUUUGGAGAUGCAAACGAUAUAAAUCAUUCAUUUCGUGAUAUCAUUAAAGAUGUUUCGGUUACAUUAACGCCACUUCCUCUGGAUAAAACUUCUGAUCAAGGUGAAGGUGAAAAGCUAUCUAAGAAGCAAAAAACGGAAUUAAGUCCACCAACACACCAAUCCAUAGAGUCUUCUUUUCCAAAUGUAAGUCCUAAGCACUUAUCAUUAACGAGGAAUAACUCACUUCCUGCCACUUCCACAAUUCAAACACAGAAUGUUUCACCUGUUGAAUCUUCAAUAACCUCCUCAACAACACCAUCAUCGUCAUCUGUUCAACACCAUAAACCUGCUAAAGAACGAGACGAACGAUUGCGUUCCUUAUCACCAUACACAUCAACGGUAAGCAGUGUUGGAGGAGUCUCCGUUUCAGCUGGAAGCGCGACAACUACUUCGGCACCUAGUUUAUAUGUUUCAGUGCCACUUUCUACAGCAAAUGUACCUGGACUUAAUUUACCCACAACAACCACAGCAGAUCACCCCACUCCGUCGCAAUCGACACGUGCUGCUACACAACAACAACAAUCUGCAGUAAUAGAACGUCAAUCACCACGAAUACAUCAUCAGGUAACGUCCUCACCAGCAGUUUCGGAACAUGGAAGUUUUUCAUCCUCUUUGCCAUCGCCGGCAAAUGCUGUACUUCAGCAAAGUGGGAAGUCGCCUUCGCCUAGUAUUACAGUUGGAAGUCUAACAGCUACGACGACAGAAAGCGGGAAUUUGAAAAUCAGCUAUGAAAAGCAAAACUCAAGGGUUGCGCAGCUGCAAGAGCAAGAAUCAGCACCAGUACGAAGAUCAAGAACACCAGACAGCGGAAUCUUCACUUCGUCAUUUAACAUAAGUGGAAGCUCACAGAGUUCACUGUCGGGAGCAACUUCGUCUGUGAAUGGUGGCUUAAAAUUCAGUUAUGAGGCCCAACCGGGAGUUGCUUCAACUGCGACACCACCGAGUAUUGAUACAAACCUUAGCAACAAUGCUGGUUUUAAAGAUUCUCCACCAAGUUCACCUGGUUCUGAGACGGGGUCGGCACGGAAACGUGGAAGAAAAUCAAACGAGAUGAAAGAUGUUAAGUUAUUUCAAAAUGGUGGAUGUGCAGUUUCAACACCAGUCAAUACUCCAACACCUGCCUCAACUUCUAAUGGACCAAUACAAGCCACUCAUAUGCUGGGCAAUCAAUUAAAUCCCACUAGUAAUGUAGCACAAAAGCUAACUGAUCAGUUACACUUAGAGAUGCAGGAUCAUAGUGUGUAUACUGAAACGCAACAACCGCAGUUUGUCGGAGUGCCAUUUCCAUCUAAGCCAGUAAAUAAUGUUCGAAACCCAACAAGUAUGCCAAGUAGUGCGAAUUCAUUGGCAUCAAUGUUCGGUGGAAAUGGAGGUGGUUAUGCACCCCAAUCGUUGGAGCAGUUGUUAGAAAGGCAAUGGGAGCAGGGCUCACAGUUUUUGAUGGAACAAGCACAACAUUUUGAUAUUGCAUCACUACUCUCCUGUCUACAUCAACUUCAAACGGAAAAUGUUCGUCUCGAGGAACAUGUCAACAGUUUAAUUGCCAGACGUGAUCAUUUGCUUGCUGUAAAUGCCCGUUUGGCCAUACCAUUAAACGCCAACGUUCCACAGAGUCAAGUUAACCUUAACAAUAUCCACCUAAAUGGACCAACACAGCCUGAAGUGGCCGCUACACAGGCUACACCAGCCGCACCACCUUCAGCAUCUGUGACACCCACAAGCAGUUCUAACCUAACAACACCAAACCCCACGCCUAGUAGUCGAGCUCCACGAUCAAGUGCAUCAUCGUCAUCGCAGCUACCCACACUCGAAAAUGGCAUUGAUUUCCGACAUUCCUCACAUCAGCAACCAAGUACAGUUUCAGCUGCUGUAGUGACUCCUACACCAACAUUAGCACAAUCAACCAGCAGCAACAGUUUAAGACAUUCAUCUUCUGUUCAUCAAAAUUUUUCAACUAUAACCCCGACAUCAUCUACUUCUCACCAAAGUAAUCAUCAUCAUCACCAGCAUCAGCCACAUCAACAUCAUCACCAGCAGCAACAACAGCCAUCUUUGGCACAACACAGCUCAAUGCCUUCUUCCGCCAGCAAUGUUAAUUCUGUGAUGACAUCUUCAACUCGGCAAACACAAUUGCAAGCACCACCUCCGCCGCAUCAUCAUCCUCCACAAACGCAGCACCCGCAUCAACAAGCUCACCACCCACAGCACCAUAGUCACCAUACUCAGCAACAACAUCAACAGCAAUCGCAGCAACAGCACCCACAAAUGCCGCAACAACAACAGCAGCAACAGUCACUUCAUUCGCAUCAUCAACAUAAUCAACACCAGUCUCAUCCGCUAGUGCAACAACAUUCUCACAACCAUCACCACCCGUCAUCCACUGGACCCUCUGCACCCCACCACAUGCAACAGCAACCCACCUCACAUCACCAAAUGACAAUGUCAAAUGAAGGUUCAAUGCGCACGACCGCAGGAGGUUGCAACAGUGGUUCGGGGCGAGUCGGUAACAGUAACACUUCUCAAAUGUUACCCGGAAGAUCGGGUCAUAGUGACAACUCGAACUAUCACCCAGUCUAUAGUCAUCAGCCUCUCUCUCGAUCUCUUUUCAGUCACAAUUAAGGCGAGAUGAGAGUCAAGGAAAGGCCAGCUGAAAAUCAUUUCGGGAAAAGAAUCAAAUUUUAAAACCUCCCCUCCUAACAUCAUCGGCAGGUCAUUAUGCACAUUCAAAAUCCAAUAACAUCAAAAAUAACAAAAACAACAGCAAGAACCUGGCAAAUAAACAUAAAAACUCUCAAUUUGCAAUAAAUUCUGACAACUCUAUCUACUAUGGCGAUGAUAACGAUGAUCAAUCUUCAUCACUGCUAUCAUCAGAAUCGCAUAUUUCAGAUGAUGACUCAUUACAAGGGGGUGAGAACUUGGUCUCAUCGUCUGCCCCAACGAUGUUCCCAUCUGACAGUGGCGAUAAUAACCUUUUGCAAGUGCAAAAUUUCUUAAAUUGUUUCGAUGAAACAGGCAAAAAACAGAAUCAAUACAUUAAUGUUGAAUUAAUAAAUUUAACAAAUAAAAAUAA